AUGGAUACUAAGGUAAAGGCAUCCCCUGCCACACCACACAUCGGCAACCUGCAAUGUGAUCAACCGGUAUUUCUGGUGACGCCGAUUGAUGUAAGUGUAUGGGUUAUCUCUGGUGUAGGUAGUGUUUGGUUGUUUGUUAUAUUUGCUAAUUUCUUGGGGGUUGUACUUCCCAAUCCCGAAUUUUCAAGCGUCCAGUAUCGGAGUUUUAAAUAUUCAAACAUAAAAUCAUUUACUUUUAACGGUUCGAUACGUGAGUGUCACGUAGGUGGUGUGUUUUCUAUUGCCCCUAUGUCCAGAAGAACAAAGUUUAUUUUAGAAAUGUGCUCUCAAAAAGAUACCGGUAACCGACCAUUUCCAAAUUCAUUUUAUAUUGAUAAGAGCUGGAUUUGCAAUAAACCACUGCCAACAGUAUCCCAAAACAGUACUAAUACCAUUGCAAAUUUUGAUAAAAUAUCACAUGAUUCUAACAAUAGUUCAGAAUUAUCAUUUGGUAAAGUAUCACAGAUGUCAUCUCCCUUACUCUUUACGGAUUUAGAAGAAAGUGAACCUGACGAUGCUAUCCUGAGCCCCAACUUUCCAAACACUAAUUCGGAAUCUGAAAUGGUAAAAAAUAAGGAAACUGAAUAUAAACCAGAAUUUAUAAUUCAAAAUGAUAUUGUGUCAUCUCCUCUUUUAACGGAUUGGGAAGAAAGUGAACCUGACGAUGAUAUCCGGGACCCUGAUUUUGAGCCAAACACUUAUUCGGAAUCUGAAAUGGAAAUAAAUGAGGAUAUUGAAUAUGAACCAGAAUUUAUAGCUGAAAAUGAUAUUGAAAAUAUUAAUCCAGAAGAAAAUACUCAAUCUAAUAAUUAUAUGCCAUCUUUUCCUCCUGUUAUAAGAAAUAUGUCUAAUUUAGAUCAACCAUUAAGGUCUCAAUCAUGCAUUAAGGAAAAUGAUUUGGGAAAAAUUAAACCAAGUGGUGAAAUUCGAAAAGGAAAGAAAAUGGCUGAUUUCUGCUAUUAUUGCGAAACAAUGGUUUUAAACUUUUCUAGGCACAUUCAGCGUAACCAUUCCUUGGAAAUCGAAGUUUCAAAAAUAUUGACAUAUCCUCCAAAAGACAAACAAAGAUUGAAACUUUUGAAUGAUUUAAGAAAAAAAGGAAAUUAUAUAAAUUGCAGCAAAGUAUGCAAACCCGUGCAAUCAUUAAGAGUAGUGGGCAACAAAACUGUGCCAUGUCCAAAUUGUUUUGGAUUUUAUUCAUCUAAAAUCCUUUGGCGCCAUAGAGCCAAAUGUUCUGGAAAAAUUGAGGAAAAGGCAUUGGUGAGUGCACAAAAUUUAUUGAUUUCCGGAUUAAAAAUAGAUCAUCAACUAAGAAAUACAGUUUUUCCGAGAAUGCAACCGGACGAAAUUUCUUUGGUGGCAAAAAAAGAUCCACUCAUAUGUGCUUAUGGUGCAAGGUAUAUUAAAACACAUCGCCAAAAACACGAUAUUAAUGUUGCAUCAAGAAAAAUGAGGGAGUUGGCACGAGUACUAAUACAAUUAAGAAAACGAAACCAAAAUAUUAAAAGUUUGUUUGACGCAUUAAAUUCAUGCUACUUUGAUUUAAUAGUUGAUGUUGUAAAAAUUGAAUCUGGAUUUGAUUCAACCAAAGACGUUUUUAACAAGCCCACGUUUGCCAUUAAUAUGGGAACCUCUUUAAAACAAGUUGCCGAAUUAGCUAUUUAUCACGCAUUAAGAACAAAAAAUGUUAUGGUUAAUGUGUCUUCAGCUGAAGCAGAAGCAAAUUUAACAAAAUUUAUUAGGGUGGUAGAAACGCAAUGGGCAUAUGAAAUAUCGACACAAGCUAUUAACGACCUAAAUGUAAAUAAGUGGAAUAAGAUUACAAUAGUACCAUUGGCCAGUGACUUAAAAAUAAUGAAGGAACAUUUAAUAAACAAGGCUAAUGCUGCUUCAGAGGCAUUAAAACUAAAAACUAAAAGUAUUGAGGAGUAUAUAAUAUUACUUGAGACGAUUUACUGUAGGGCUUUGUUACUAAAUCGCAGACGACCUGGGGAAUUGCAAAGGCUUACUUUACAUACCUACGAGAAUUCCAAAGGUAAUGAGAGUAAUUAUGAAGAAUUUGCAGAAGUUGUCUCCGAGUCAGAAAAAAUACUCUUAAAAAGAUUUAAGAGGGUAGUCAUACGCGGAAAAAGAGGUCGAGGGGUCCCAGUUCUUUUUAGCGUAGAUGUGCAGGAACACAUACAAAUUUUGUUACAACACCGAGAUUAUUUUUACAAACAAUCUAAUAAAUUUCUCUUUGGAAAUCCAACUACAACAGAACCUAUUACUGGCUAUAAAGUUUUGCACAAAUAUGCUAAAUCUAGUGGAGCUAAAAAUCCGAGUGCAAUAACAUCUACCCGAUUAAGAAAACACUUAGCUACAUUAACUCAACUAUUUAACAUGAAUGAAAAUGACAUGGAACAAUUGGCGGGUUUUAUGGGACACACACUUGGUGUUCAUAGGGGAAAUUAUCGUCUACCAGACGAUGUUUAUCAAACUGCCAAAGUUAGUAAACUAUUAAUUCUAAUGGAAAAUGGAGGUGCAGCAAAAUAUAAAGGUCAAAAACUUAACGACAUAGAUAUUAAUUUGGAAGAAAAUUUGUUGGAAUCUGCCCCAACUAAAGAACAAGACAAUAUUUCAGAGGUUGAAGAGUCAGAGUCAGAGUCAGAUGAAGUUGUAGUUCAGACAAAACCUAAACCUAAAAAUAAAAGAGUAUUGGUACCUUGGACAACAGAACAAAAAACAAUUGUCGAAGAAUUCUUUGCUCAACAUAUACAAUCCAAAAAACCACCAAAAAAGAAGGAAUGUAACGAUUUAAUAAAAAAACAUCCGGAAAUAUUUAAAAAUAAAAGUUGGUUAAAAAUUAAAGUUUACGUCCAAAAUAAGUACUCAAAAAAAAUUAAAUAA